UGCCGGUGCCGAGUCACGCGAACGUUUCAUUCGGGAAAUUCUCGCGUGAACAUCCUGCAGGCAGUGGACUGAAAUUUCUCAAGCUCUAAGAGUUGUCAACAAAUCUCUGCGGAGCUGCAUAUCUACAUUAGCAUCGAGCAGACCUAAUGAGAUCCUCUUGCAUGCAGAAGAACCGCCUCAGCUGUGUUCAAAUAAGCGCCUUUCAGUGCUAGCAGUGCGCUUGGUGGAGGUUUCUGGCUCUUUUCGCUCAUCUGUGUCGCUUUAGCUAGUUAGCGUAUCUCCCACAGCCGCCCGGAUGCGGUGAAGCUCCGUAGUUUUACCUUCAGCUCUGGCCUUCUGACGUGCACGAACGGCUUCAAUCAUGUCAAACACUCGGCAGCAACAACAGCAGCAGUCUGUCGGUUCAGCGGGGUCCGUCCCCGGGACGAGCUCUGGAAGUACGAAUAGCAGUAGCAGCGGUGGCGCCGGUGGAUCGAGCAGCGGGGCUCAGAACGGGAACAGCUCGGGUAACGGGGUGUCCUCGAGAACUUUGGGAACAGUUGCCGAGGGACAGAGCGCUCGACCGGGCUCGUCGAGUAGGAAAAGACCCUUAUACAACGGUCUGAUCAAUCCGUAUGAGGACAAGAGUAAUGAUUUUGUAUGCCCUAUAUGUUUUGAGAUGAUAGAGGAAGCUCACAUGACAAAGUGUGGCCACAGUUUCUGUUAUAAAUGUAUACGACAGAGUUUGGAGGACAGCAACAGAUGCCCAAAAUGUAAUUAUAUCAUUGAUAAUGUGGAUCAACUCUACCCCAACUUCUUAGUGAAUGAACUGAUCCUGAAACAAAAACAAAGAUCUGAAGAGAAGCGCCUGAAACGGGAUCACCCUAAUGGAACCAAAUGGCAGGUUUUUCAAGACGUCCUUGGUGCAGAUCAAGAGAAUAUGGAUUUAGCGAAUGUCAACUUCAUAUUAGACUACCUGUUGCAAAAAAAGAAACAACUGGAGGCGGAAUCACAAGCUGCUCAGCGCCAGAUCUUAAUGGAGUUCCUGAAAGAAGCCAGAAGAAAUAAAAGAGAGCAACUGGAGCAGUUACAAAAAGAACUUAACUUUUUGGAGGAGGAUAUCAAACGAGUUGAGGAAAUGAGUGGUAUGUACACAGUGAGUGAAAUGGACCCCAAUUUAGACAGUACUGUACCCCAGUUUGAAGCUCCCUCUCCUGGACCCAGUAGCAUAAUAGACCCCACAGAAUACAUGCAACACACUUUUGGAAGCUCACAGGGUAAAAGACAAACUUGGUACAACAGCACUCUGGCGUCACGACGAAAGAGACUGACUGCACACUUUGAGGAUCUGGAACAGUGUUAUUUCUCCAAUAAGAUGUCUCGAAUAACGGAUGACAGCAGGACUGUUAACCAACUGGAUGAUUUCAUGGAGUGUCUAUCAAAAUUUACCCGUUACAACUCUGUGAGGCCUUUGGCCACCCUGUCUUACGCUAGUGACCUCUAUAAUGGCUCCAGUAUUGUGUCCAGCAUUGAGUUUGACCGCGACUGUGAUUACUUUGCCAUUGCCGGUGUCACUAAGAAAAUUAAAGUGUUUGAGUACGGCACUGUGAUCCAGGAUGCUGUGGACAUUCAUUAUCCUGUCAACGAGAUGACGUGUAACUCUAAAAUUAGCUGUAUCAGCUGGAGUAGCUACCACAAAAAUCUGUUAGCGAGCAGCGACUAUGAGGGGACUGUCAUUCUUUGGGAUGGGUUCACAGGACAGAGGUCAAAGGUCUACCAGGAGCAUGAGAAGCGGUGUUGGAGUGUUGAUUUCAACCUUAUGGACCCCAAGCUCUUAGCAUCAGGAUCGGAUGAUGCAAAAGUUAAGUUGUGGUCCACCAACCUGGACAAUUCCGUAGCCAGCAUUGAAGCGAAGGCCAAUGUAUGCUGUGUCAAGUUCAGUCCAUCCUCUCGAUAUCACCUUGCCUUUGGUUGUGCAGACCACUGUGUGCACUACUAUGACCUGAGAAACACUAAGCAGCCCAUCAUGGUUUUCAAAGGCCACAGGAAAGCAGUGUCCUAUGCCAAAUUUGUCAACGGAGAAGAGAUUGUGUCUGCAUCAACAGACAGCCAGCUGAAACUCUGGAAUGUGAACAAGCCACAUUGUUUGCGCUCCUUUAAAGGCCACAUCAACGAGAAGAACUUUGUGGGUCUGGCAUCUAAUGGAGACUAUGUAGCAUGUGGAAGUGAAAACAACUCACUGUACUUGUACUACAAGGGGCUCUCCAAGACUCUAUUAACUUUCAAGUUUGACACUGUGAAGAGUGUCCUGGACAAGGACAAGAAAGAGGACGACACCAAUGAGUUUGUCAGUGCGGUGUGCUGGCGAGCUCUACCUGAUGGGGAGUCAAAUGUGUUGAUUGCAGCCAACAGUCAAGGAACAAUCAAGGUACUUGAGCUGGUCUGAAGGUCUACUCGUAUCUGUAGGCAGAACCUACUAAAGUUGCUUCACCGCUGUUGCUUCGUGUUUGGUUGGUCGAUAGAAGAGCGCUGAAGCUGGGCGGAACUGAAGCAAACAUUUCCAAGGAAACAACCAGCAGAACUGGUUUUUAUCAGCAUUAUAUUUGUAAAAGACUCGAUCAUUCUGCAUCAUCAUACUAUCGCUGUAUGUGAAAUGUUGAGAUGAGGACCUGUUUGUGCUGUCAGGGAGAUGGGCGGGAAUGCCUCUUAUUGAAUAAAGUUGUUGAAUAAAGGUAUUAAUAAGUUA